AUGGACGCCUCCGAGAGCCGCCUGCUCUGCUUCCCCGGCCUCAACUCGUCCUGCACGCGGCCGCCCAAAGCGCGCUCCGAGGCGGCUCUGCUCUACGCCCUGCUGGCCUGCGUCUCCCUGCUCACCGUCACCCUCAACCUGCUCGUCAUCGUCUCCAUCGCCCACUUCCGGCAGCUGCACAGCCCCACCAACACCCUGCUCCUGUCUCUGGCCGUGUCCGACCUGGUGGUGGGGCUGCUGGUGAUGCCGGUGGAGGGGCUGCGCUACACGCAGGCCUGCUGGCUGCUGGGAGAGCUCGUGUGCGCCCUGGCGCCGUACGUUUCCUACAGUCUGGUAUCCGCCUCCGUGGGCAACAUGGUGCUCAUAUCCGUAGACCGCUACGUGGCCAUCUGUGACCCCCUGCUCUACGCCUCGAAGGUCACCCCCAACAGAGCCAAGGCCUCAGUGUGUUUGUGUUGGGCCUGUUCUAUCCUCUACAACGGCUGCAUUCUGAUGGGUCACUUAGGGCAGCCCGAGCGGUACGGCUCCUGCUAUGGGGAGUGCGUGGUGAUCAUCAGUCACGUCGCAGGCACAGUAGAUCUUUUCUUGUCCUUUCUUGGGCCCUGCACAGUCAUGGUGGUUCUCUACAUGAGGGUGUUUGUGGUUGCCAUUUCCCAGCUGCGUGUCAUUCGGUCGGAGAUUUUCGCUGUUAACGCGACUCCGUCCGCUAAGAGAUCAGAGAGGAAGGCAGCCAGGACUCUUGGGAUUGUGAUAGCGGUGUUUCUGAUGUGCUUCUGCCCGUAUUACUAUCCCUCCCUAGCGGGCGAGGACACCUCCACUAGCUUGUCUUAUUACGCCCUGGUGUCUUGGAUCAUGCUGAUAAACUCCUGCGUCAACCCACUGAUUUAUGCGCUGUUUUACCCCUGGUUCAGAAAAGCUAUCAAACUCAUCAUCACCCUCAGAAUACUGCAGCCUCAAUCCCAGGAGUACAAAUUACUGUAGACGGUUUCACACAAUUUAUCUGUGUUUGUUAAACUAAUGCGGUCUGCUGUAGAACGCAUGAGCCUUGUCUCCUAAAUACACAGCUCAUCGCUGAGCAGAGAACAGGGUUCAUGACUUCUCCCUGCACACGUCUGUCCAUUGACCGUCAUACCUUGAGAUACUGUAUUUUUUACAUAUUUCAGCUAUAUUCUUUCAUAAACUUUACCAUAUUGUCAUAAGCAGCAGAAAUCAUAGGAAAUGACUAUCAAUGUGUGCACAAACAAGAUUUACAAAGGAAUACUGUAGAUGUUUCAUGCUAUUUGAUUUUAAUACAGUACAAAGCAUUGAUUGAAUUAAUCAGACUAAUUAGUGGCCGUUUUUCCUUUGCAAAAGUCGUUUUAUCACGACAACUAUUAUUCAGCUUUGAGAUAUAGCCUCCAUAUACUUUUCUUUAUUGCUCUGCUAUCAAAAUGACCAAUGUAGUCUCUCUGCCAUGUUUAAUUGCAUUGCUGUCAGAGGCACUUCUUUGUCUUUCUGAUAAUAACAAUCUCUCUGUUUGUGAAGAAAUUGCAAAAGGAGUCCACUCUGCACACAAUGAAAAUGUACCUAAAUGUCAAAAGGACAACUGUGGCAGCUGCAAAUCAGGUUUUUGUGCAAAUCAGGUCUGUAAAUCUCACAAAUGAAAAAGGAUGUGAAAGCAUUUGAGUAGUCAUACUCACAGAUACCGUUUAAUAAACUAGAAGUAAAAUAGAUCUACCCUGUUCUUAGACUAAACUAAACAAGGCAUGAGAGUAGACGAUGCUUUCUAUUUACAUAUGUUAUUCAGAUAUAAAUAUAAAGGGUAAAUUUGGUGAACACUCAAAACACUUAGCGAACCUGCUGUGUUGAACCCCGGUCGGACUAUUAUAUCAUUAUAUCAUGUAGAAUAGUGUAUCAUUAUGUUGUUGCAAACCCAUAACAAUAAAAAAUGAUCUUAUAGCCUGUUGUUGAUUCCACGAGAAGCCAAGGUGCACUAUGUUCGUCAGAAGUUAAACCCCGGUCGGACUGCAUGCAGGUUCCAGCUGCGGCCACAGGAGGGCGGUGCUGCCCCACUGAUGGCUGGAGACCACCUAAAAGAUGUGCAAAACCAAGAAGAAUACACUUGUAAAAUCCACCAACGCAUUAUAUCAUGUAGAAUAAUGUACCAUUAUGUUGUUGCAGACCCAUGACAAUAAGAAAAUGAUCUUAUAGCCUGUUGUUGAUUCCACGAGAAGCCAAGGUGCACUAUGUUCGUCAGAAGUUAAACCCCGGUCGGACUGCAUGCAGGUUCCAGCUGCGGCCACAGGAGGGCGAUGCUGCCCCACUGAUGGCUGGAGACCACCUAAAAGAUGUGCAAAACCAAGAAGAAUACACUUGUAAAAUCCAGCAACGCAUUAUAUCAUGUAGACUAAUGUACCAUAAUGUUGUUGCAGACCCAUGACAAUCAAAAAAUGAUAAAAAAAAAUUAUCUUAUAGCCU